AUGACAUUUCCCAUCCCUCCAUCCCUGCAUCCCUACAUCCCUCCAUCCUUCAGUGUAAGCAGUCUCAUUGGGGGAAAAUGUAAUGACGUUGCUGCGACUGAAUUGUCUGAAUUGUCUGAAUUGUCUGAAUCGACCAAAUUUCCUGACUUUCUUCGCUUCUACAUGAUUGCGCGUGGGCUGAGAGUCACAGAAACAUAUCUUCUACCCAUACCUACAACUAAUCGUCAUCGCCCGUUUCUCUCCCUCCGCCUCACCCCCAUAUCCUGUGUUGGAAUCCUUCGCCGCUCUCUCGGAACACGAACCACCCGUCCAGAACUGAGCACAGUCGGUACAAGACCUCGAGGCUUCCCAACUACACUUACGCGAAAAUCAUCUUCCUCGUCAUUAAUCGUUACCCUCGGCGCAGCGCUCGCAGCAGCUAUUCUUCUCGGUCCUCUCUUUCGCCAACCAGAACACUCCCCUGACGCUCUCACUCCAUCUCAAGACUCAGCGGACCUACCACAUCCUCAAGAUCCCAACAGUGCGCCCCCACGCGCUCCUCCCUAUUCUGAGAUGCCCAUACCUCCAGGCCACCUGGGCAAUUUGACUCCAGAACAAGAAUUGAAGCUGCGAGACUUCUGGUCCGUGACCCUCAAAACCUUUGGAGCAAAAGACUCUUCUCCAAACCCGGCCGCGCUCGGCACUCCCGCGACAACUCCCCCCACCAGCGAACCAAAUACAGACACUGAGUCUCUCAAAUCCUCCAAGAAAAACAACAGUAGCAGCAAGAAGCGCCACUCCCUCUUCAGCAGCAGCAAAAAGCACCACGAUGACAACACCGAGACCAACAACUCAAACCCCUUAGGCCCCGGCACCGGCGAUGCGGACGACAAGUACGGCCAAACGAGAGAAUUCCAACAAACCCUCAAGGAAGUCUCGCCCGAAGAACUCCGCACCGCAUUCUGGUCCAUGGUGAAAUGCGACCACCCGGAUGCGCUCCUCCUCCGCUUCCUCCGCGCCCGAAAAUGGGACGUGCAACGCGCGCUCGUCAUGCUCAUCUCGACGAUGCGCUGGCGCAGCAAAGACAUGCACGUUGACGACGAUAUCAUGCGGUCCGGCGAGGGUGGAGCGCUCGCAGACUCGAAAUCUGGAAGUGACAGUUUCGUGAAGAAAGAAGGCGAGGACUUCCUGUCGCAGCUGAGGAAGGGGAAGAGCUUCUUACAUGGAGUGGACAAGGAGGGCCGACCCCUCUGUUUUGUCCGCGUGCGAUUACACCGGCCGGGAGAGCAGAGCGAGCGCGCGAUGGAGCGGUACACCGUCUUCAUCAUCGAGAGCGCAAGACUGGUACUACGCCCUCCCGUCGAGACAGCCACCAUCCUCUUCGACAUGUCCUCCUUCACCCUCUCCAACAUGGACUACGCGCCCCUGAAAUUCAUGAUCAAGAUCUUCGAGGCCAACUACCCGGAAUCCCUCGGCGCAGUGCUGGUCCAUAAAUCCCCCUGGGUAUUUCAAGGCAUCUGGACUAUGAUCAAGGGCUGGCUCGACCCCGUCGUUGCAGCAAAGGUGCACUUCACCAAAUCCGUCGAGGACCUCGAACAAUUCAUCCCAAGAAGCCAGAUCGUGAAGGAGCUCGGUGGGGACGAGGACUGGGACUACAAGUACAUCGAGCCCAUCGAAGGAGAAAACAACGCCAUGAAGGACACGGAAAGCAGACAGAGGCUGGAAGAAGAGCGGAGUAUCGACGUGCUGGAAUUCCAGAAAAAGACCUUCGCGUGGAUCGCGAGGGCGUCGAAUGAUGCCGACGCGGUCCAGUUGGCGAAAGAGCGGGAUCAAUUGGCCGCUAGGCUGAAUCAGAAUUAUUGGCAAUUGGACCCGUUCAUCCGCGCGAGAUCGCUGUAUGAUCGGCAGGGCAUGAUCGGGAGGGGUGGGGUUGUGGAUUUCUAUCCCGAGCAGAGGAAGGGAGCCGUCAAUGGCGCAAUGGCGUCGAAUCCGAAUGCCGGAACGGAUGAUGUGGACUGA